AUGACAGCUUCUCGCGACGUAUCGACGUCGACGGACUUGAGCGCGGCCGUGGCAGUGCCAGAGAAAGCGCCGUCCUCGUACAGCGCGUACGAGCAAUUCAAGGAGCACAACCUUCUGGGGCAGCCCAAGUGGGGGUUGGGCAAGACGCUGGCGACGUUUUCCGGGCUGUGCCUAGUAAUGUACGAGGCAUGUUCGGCAGAGGCACAGUUCAACCAGAUCCUGGCGCCGCUGAAGGACCACUACGGGUCGAGUAUAUUUGCGCAGUGGAUGGAGGCAGCGUACCUGCUGACGUGCGUGCUGCUGCAGCCGGUGUGGGUGAAGAUGGCGGAGAAGUUUGGACGGCCGUGGCCGCUGUUUGCGUCGAUUCUGGUGUUUAUGGCGUUUUCGGUGAUGGUGGGCGCGGCGCCGUCGAUGGGGGUGCUGUGUGUGGGGCGGGCGUUGCAGGGAGCCGGGGCGGCGGGCAUGAUGCCGCUGGCGCUGGUGGUGCUGACGGAUGUGCUGACACCUGGCGUGCGCGGCAUGUAUAUGGGCGGGUUGGGCGCGGUGAUUGUGGCGGGCAAGUGGUCAGGACCCAUGGUGGGGGCAGCGCUGUACGAGUACAGCAACUGGCGGUGGGUCGGGUACAUGCACUUGCCGAUAUGCGCAGUGGCGAUGGUGGUUCUGUAUGCCACGCUGCAUGAUAUGCCGACACCGCCGAGCAAGUCGCUGCGGAGCCUGCGGGAGUUUGACUUUCUGGGCACCUUGCUGUGGGUGGGCGGCGGAUUGAUGAUUCUGCUGGCGCUGUCGUGGGGCGGCAACGAGCACAAGUGGAAUUCGGCGGUGAUCAUCUGCCUGUUUGUGUUCGGGUUUGUGGUGGUCGGGCUGUUUGGGUGCGUGGAGGCUUUCUACGCAAAGUGGCCGAUUAUUCCGCUGAAGGUUCUGUUCCGGAAGCGCACGCUACUGACACUGACGUCGUCGUUUUUCCUGGGCUUCUGCAUUUACGGGAUGAUUAUGUUUGUGCCGGUGUACUAUAUGAUGCUGCAGGCGGAGGGGCCGCUGGCAUCGGCGAAGCACAUCUGGUGGUGCAUGCUCGGGGGCGUGAUCGGAUCGCUGCUGGGCGGGUUCCUGGUGAGCGUGCGGCACCGCGUGUAUUACCGGGAGCUGUCGGUUGUAGGCACAUUGCUGAUGGCGAUUGGAUACGGGCUUCUGUACACCUGGCCGCGGGAGCUGGACAAGGCGAAGAAUUCCGGGUACCAGGUUCUGGUGGGGCUGGGGCUGGGGCUGUGCAUGCAGCAGAUCAUGCUGGCGGGGCAGGCCGGGAUCCCGGCGAACGAGGUAUCCACGGUAACGACAUUGAUCGACUACGGGCGCACACUGGGCGGCAUGGUGGGGCUGGUGAUGGGUGAGGUGAUUCUGAAAGAGAAGAUGUUUGCGACACUGGACGGGCAGGAUGUGGUCGGACUGGAGGCGAUGGCGCCGAUGCUGGCCAAGCUCCCGAGUGUGAUGACGGAUCCGAUUUAUAGCGGGAUUAUGCGCGCACUGCAUUUGGUGUUUGUCGCCUAUGUGCCGUUUGCAGCGGCCGCGUGUAUCCUGUGUGUGUUCAUCAAGAACAUCCCGCUGCAUGUCAUUCUGCCGGCGUCGCACAACGACGAGGUGCCAGAGGCGCUGCGCGAUCUGCAUCGCAAGAAGAUUGAGAGUGUCUAA